GGCUUCAGCUCCAAAUACCUGCAGCUGCCAGUGUGACAGUAUUGAAGACAUUUUGUCAUGUGGAACCAAGGUUGCGGUCGGCCCUCGGAUGGGAUGCUCGGCCACAAAGCGCUGAACUGUAAUAAGUAUUCCUUCUCCCCGGUGUCGCCACAGAGGACAACUCUUGUGAUUUUGCCGUGCACGGUGUCUCAGCUGCUGUCUGCUUCUCGAGGGGGUGACAGGACCUUUACAAUCUGCAACUGGGAACUCAACCAGGUGUCUGUAGUGGGCGUCAUCCGAGGCUCGGCUGCCUUUGUGACAAACAUCCAGUACUCCGUGGAUGACAUGACUGGUCCACCUUUAAAUGUGAAGCAGUGGGUUAACACAGAGGCCGGUGCUGUGGUGAGGUGUGCUUCUCCUGGAACAUACGUGAAGGUGACUGGAAGCCUACGCAGUUUGGAUGGUCAAAGGUCAUUGCUUGCAAUGGACAUUCGUUGUAUCGAGGACCUGAAUGAGAUCACGUCCCACAUGUUGGAAGUGGUACAAGCACAUCUGCAGCUUUUUGGAAAGGCAUUUGAUGUGAAUAUGAAUACCACUGUCAGCCAUGGUGGCAGUGAACAUCCUGAAGAUGUCUUACCAAAUGGUUUGUCCACCAUCCAGGGUCCGGUAAGUGAAAUGGGUUUAAAGGUUCAGGUCACCCAUUAUGUUCCACAAUUUGUGUUUAGUGCAAGUCCUCAUUUCCCUAGUGUAUAUUGA